CUCGCAGUAAGAAGCCACGACUUCCCCCUCGCCUGGGAGCUCAGACCACUUACGGCUCGUGUUGUUUCCUUGCCCAGUCCUCAGCGGCGGCCCUCCUGCUUGGCACCACUUUCUUUCCAUCACAACUCUCGAUGUGGACCUGGGUGGCACGAUAAUGUUCUGUACUUUUGACCCUUGACAAGCAGACAUGUCCCAUCUUCUUUAAGGCACGAGCAUAUUGGCUUUCAGCGCCUGUGUCCCAAUCCUCAAAAUAAUCCACUUACAACAUUACAACGCCAAAUGGCGCCCGGCAUGGAAGACCCCUUAGCGCCUCCUGCCCCCACAGAUUACCAACGGCGUGUUGCGGACGCCGGAUGGGGCUACUUUGCCGCUACACCUAUGGCGCUGGUCCUAUGGCGCCUCACUGCCGGCAGAUCGAAGAAUCCGCGACUGAGAAUUGCUGCUAGGGCAACAAUGUUGCCAGCGGGGGCUAUCAUGGUAACCUGGGAUCUGUGGGAUUACAGGCGCUGCACACGUGCUGUCGCUGCGAGGGCCGAAUGGGAAGUUGUGCGGAAACGAAUGCAUAUGGGAGCAGAGGCUGAGGCUAGGACUGAUGACAUGAAUGAUCCCUGGGCUUGAGGGGGGCUCAUCAACUUCUUCGUGCGCUCUUGGAUUGCGCAAUCGGUCAGGAAACUUACACGUGGCUUGGAUAUUCUGAAGAGGAAAAUCGAUCCGGUUCAGUCGGCUCUGUAGUGGAUGGACGAGCAAGCGUGCAAGAGAAUUUGUGUCUGCUCGAAAAAUACCCGCCCGAUGCUUGAAGGGAACAUGGGUCAUAGCGGGGCUCGUGAAUAUGAACCGAGGAAUCGCUUUGUUUGCAGACACAUCCGGGUAUACACGGUCCGACUUCUAAUAUUUUUCUGAACUACGAUUGAAGCCCACGUAUAAGACUGUUUGACACUACCGACAAACUGUCGCUGGGUUUAAAUUCGACCUUAGUUCUGUGAACGAGUUCUACUCAGAAUAAUAUUCAGUUAGCCAUGUUGUCAGAAUUUUUAGGCAGAAC